AGUUUGAUAUUAUAUAGGUAGUGCACUCCUGCCUUCUCGUGGCAGAAACGUGACCAAAGCCGUGUCCAUGGCGCGCCGUUCUAAACCCUAAACCUUUCGACCUGCUUUAUACUAGACCUCAUCGAGAAUCUCACGCGUCGGCGACCAUGGCGGCGUCUCCGUCUUCUCCCCAUGCCGCCCCCGGAGUUAGCGGCCAGAGCCUGUCCCCCUCAGCGCCGUCUCCCCACCUCCCCAACUAUUUCAUGUGGAGAGAAUUUGUCUGGGGAGGAAUGGCAGGUGCAUUUGGGGAAGGCAUGAUGCAUCCAGUUGACACUCUGAAAACAAGGCUUCAGAGUCAAGCUAUAAUGACAGGGGCUAAGGCUCAGAAGAAUAUAUUCCAGAUGGUCAGGACAGUUUGGGCUUCUGAUGGUCUAAGAGGUUUUUACAGAGGAAUCAGCCCAGGUGUUACUGGAUCUCUUGCGACUGGCGCUACAUAUUUCGGUAUUAUUGAAUCAACCAAAGCAUGGUUGGAGAUUGCUAAUCCUAAUCUAAGUGGACACUGGUCACAUUUUAUCGCUGGAGCGAUUGGUGAUACACUUGGAUCCUUUGUCUAUGUGCCUUGCGAAGUCAUGAAACAAAGAAUGCAAAUCCAAGGCACCCAAAAAUCUUGGGCAUCAGCUGUAGCCAAAGGAAAUAUUUCUCAAACUCAUGGGAUAGAGAUGUAUGGGUACUACAAUGGAAUGUUCCAUGCUGGCUGUUCUAUCUGGAGAGACCAUGGCUUGAAGGGGCUUUAUGCAGGAUACUGGUCUACGCUUGCCAGAGAUGUCCCUUUUGCUGGUCUAAUGGUCACUUUCUAUGAAGCAAUGAAAAAGAUGUCUGAGUAUGGGAAAACAAAGUAUUUGCCACACAGUGAUUUGCAUGUUAGCAACUCCUUUGAAGGACUUGUUCUAGGAGGAUUGGCAGGCGGCUGUAGUGCAUACUUGACAACCCCUUUGGAUGUGAUCAAGACAAGACUGCAAGUACAAGGAUCAACGUCUAGGUACAAUGGAUGGCUGGAUGCUAUAACAAAGACGUGGACUUCCGAGGGGGUGCGCGGCUUGUUCAAGGGAAGUGUUCCGAGAAUAAUAUGGUAUGUUCCGGCAUCAGCAUUCACAUUCAUGGCAGUGGAAUUCCUAAGGGACCAUUUCAACGACAAGGUUGAUGCGGAUGCCCAUGAAGUAACCUCCCUGUCAAUGGACACAAAAUCAGAAGUUGAGAAAUCAGCUUAGGGUUUCUUUUCUUAUGAUCUAUGAAGUGUAUUGGUAUCCCUCCCCGGUGGAAAUUAUCCGGCGGGAUCUUUCUGUCUUGGGCAACAAACUAUGUUUCGGUCAUGUAAAUGCGGAGGACAUUCAUUGGCAGCUGGGCGGAGACAUUGUUGUGUACCAGAAAGAAAGUAAUUGACAACAACAUGAUCAUAUUGUGGCGGGAAAUUUGGAUCCAUAUCAUUAAAAGAUCACCACUUUGGAUCCAUACCAUUACUAUCUCACUUACAUGUGGGUCGACAUGAGUCAAUGACAUGUGGGGUCCAUGGUAUAUAUUUAAAGUUUGGAUCUUUUAAUGGUAUAGAUCCAAUUGUUCCUAUUGUGGCAGCAAUUUUCUUAGAUAGAUAGAUAUUGGUGAGUGGAUGGAAUGAGAGAAGUGAACAUGUAACGUUUCUGGAACGAAAGACCAAUGCCACCGGUGUAUUAGAGCUUCUGAAUCUCUGUUGCUGAUGUUA